CGCCGCUUCCCUCCCCCGUCGGGCGCUCACCUGGCGGGGCCGCCCCUCGCCAGGGGGCCGGUUCCACGCGGGGCGCGGGGCUCGCCCGCCCGCCCUCCCCGGGCCGCGCGUCCGCCGCCCGCCGGCUCAGGCCCCAGCAGCCGCCGCCUCCCCCUCCAUGGCCGCCGCUCUCGCCGGCUGCAUUGUGGGAAGCUGACCUCACUCGCUGCUGCCGCCGCCCCGCCGGCUCCGGCACUCGCCGCCAUGGGGGCCGUGACCGACGAUGAAGUUAUCCGCAAGCGGCUGCUGAUCGAUGGCGAUGGAGCUGGCGACGACAGGCGGAUCAAUUUGUUGGUGAAGAGUUUCAUUAAGUGGUGUAAUUCCGGAUCUCAGGAGGAAGGAUACAGCCAGUACCAACGAAUGCUGAGUACUUUAUCACAGUGUGAAUUUUCAAUGGGGAAGACUCUUCUGGUGUAUGACAUGAACCUGAGAGAGAUGGAAAAUUAUGAAAAAAUCUAUAAGGAUAUAGAAAAUAGUAUAGCUGCAGCCCAUGAGAAGAUCUCUGAAUGCAAAAAACAAAUUCUGCAAGCAAAAAGGAUUCGAAAAAAUCGCCAGGAAUAUGAUGCAUUGGCCAAAGUCAUACAGCAUCACCCAGACAGACAUGAAACACUGAAGCAGCUAGAAGCUUUGGGAAAAGAACUGCAAAAUCUUUCUCACAUUAAAGAAAAUGUUGAAGAUAAGUUGGAGCUGAGAAGGAAGCAGUUCCAUGUUCUCCUGAGCACCAUCCAUGAACUUCAGCAAACCCUGGAGAAUGAUGAAAAACUUUCAGAAGCUGAGGAAUCACAAGAAACUCAGAUGGAAGCAGAGGCCAAGCAGUAGAUGUCAUAUGAAGACUGACAAUUCCUACUUAAAAUCCAAGUAUCUUCACUUUCUGUUGAAAUCAACAGUAAGAGAGAUGGAGCUGGAAAUAGUUUUCUCCUGCUUCUGUGAUUUUUCUGUGUUUUGCAUGUGUUUCAGGGGAAAAGAGUUGCAGAUGUUUGCGGGCAGGCACUCAUUGUUAAUCCACAAACUUUGUAAUUUGUAACAAAUGUACUUUGUUUCACAAAGGAUGAAGCUUUUACACCAUACUUGUGAGCUAAGGUGUUUGUACAACUUUGCCAAUAAAAGGUGUUUUCACAGAUUUUCCUAUUUUUAGUAGGGAUUGAGCCUUACAAUAAGGGCUCCUUUUCUUAUGUGACAUCAGACUGAGGGCAGUGCAUCUUUUCAUGAGCCCCAGCUUCCAUACCCUGUUCUAGAUGGGACCUAAAUCUGAACUAAGUAGGCUCUUAGUUUUUGAAAGUAGCUGCCAUUUAAAACUUACCGUGACUAGACUAGAAUUUGAUCAUUUCAUAUAAAAUAAAUUACUUCUAUAGAAUUAAUGCUUGUUAAGGGUUAUAAAAAACCAAAAAUGAUACUGCACUAGCUUUAAUUUUUUUCCUCAAAGUGAUGCAAAGAAUUGCAAUGAUCUAAGCCUUGCUCUGCUGUGUUUGUUGUACCACAUUAAUGGUCACAUUUUGAAAUGGCACAUUUAAAACUUCAAUUUAAAAGCUUUGUUCUUGAAGAACCAGGAAUCUAAUCCCAGUACUAUUUAUAAUCUGCUUCUGGAUUUUAUCUGUCAAUUGACUAUUAUCAAAAUACAUCAUAAUUUCUGAAACAGAUGGUGGAACCCUUCUUUUCUCACGAUGAAAAACUGAAACAGUAGAGCAAUAAUCAUGAUGUUAAAGAAUUAGAGAUACUUUUGUUAUUAGUAGGCAAAGUGGAAUCUGUCCAUCCACCUGGAUCAUCCUGCUGUUUGAGCAAUCUGUUGGGAAGUAACAAAAGUUUCAACCUUCCCAAAAGAGAAGAGAAUGGCUCUAUGUUUUGUAAGGCAGGGAGGAAGGAACAAAGGGCAGUAGUGGGUCAUGCUCUAAAAACACUCCCUAAAUGGAGCCUUCCAGUGGUUUGAGUAAAGGAAAACAUUUUGGAUCUCACUCAGACUGUGCCAUAAGCAUACCUGGUUCAGGUGAAAUAACAAUGUUACAUGGAACAGAGCUGCUGUCUCACUGGGUGACAGCUGAGGGGGAUUUCCACAACUGAGACUUCAGAUAUUUAUAGCCUAGAUGCUAAGUAAUUCCCACUCUCAGUGGCUGUGGAUCUGGGUGGUUUGGGCUGAACAGACAUAUCUGAGCUUGUUUUGCUCACAUUCCAAGUUUGCUAAAGGCAAGCCAGCUGAAUAAGAAGCCACACAGCUUCAGUAGCACAGUGCAGCCCUGAACUAAUAAGCUGUCAAAAGUCUUCUAGUUCACAGCUGGUCAGCUCAGAACACAGGGAAGCUCAGGUUUGCCUGGUGGAGCCUGUACAGACAUGCAGUGCUUCUCAUGCACUACGAAUCUGGCAGGUUGAGCAGUGGCUAAGCAAACAACAGGCAUUUAGUAGAAGUACACCAUCAAAAAGUAUUAAGUGUACCGGGGUUUUCCCUUCAUAACAACAGGGAAUGAUGAAAUAUUUUGUAAAGCAGCAACACUAAAUUAUUGCCAAAUUAGGAAGGAGUCAUUGUCAUGAAUGUAUGAAUUAUGAAGAUCAUAAGUGACAAGGACUCAAGGACAAUUUUAAAGCUUUUUUGUGGUUGAAAUGGCCUCCAUGAGCUAUCUGGACUGUAUUUUGAUGCAGUAUUCACCAGUUAAAAACAGUCUCUGCAACAGUGAGAAUCUCAAAUUUUUCCAUUCAUUGUUUUACAUACAUCUUUGGAAACUACUUGGAUCAGUCAAGUAUCUUAUCUCAGAACUUGCACUGCUCUGUAUAGAACCUGACCAGAAACAUGCCAACACCUGUCCCAACACCUGUCCAAGUCUGUCCCUCUGGUAAGGAAUAUUACAGAGAAAUAAGUUAUUCUCAAGCAGUACAAAUGCAUGGCAAAGGAAUAUAUAUUCCAGUUCAAAUUACAGUGAUGCAAUCUUGAAAAUAAAUUAUUGUCCUGGAAAAUCAAAUUGCCCUACUGCAAUGUGGCAGCAAGAAAGUGAUGUCACCAGGCCAAUCAAAGAAAAAAGUAACAUCAAUUCAUUGCAAACACAGCCUCAGUGGAACACCCAAAAUAUUUGCUCCUAUCUUUUUCAGUAUUUAUAUCUCUAACCUCUUAAACAUUGGAUUUGUACCAAAAAAGAAACGAAACCAAAUGGAAUUUAUAUACCAGCCAGUGUUUAACCUGCUUUAUUACCAAGACUCAGGUUCCAGCUUUGAAUCUGCCCUGCAUAUGCUGGAAACGUGUGUCUGCAUGUCCUUUAAUCUUCUGUUCUAGAAAUUUUCUGUGUGUCAUUUUUGCAGGGCACACACGAUGGUCACUGUUACCUCCCUGCCUAGAAAGCUCUCCUCUGUCAUGCUGCUUACCUGCAUUGACUCUAAAUGUACAUGUAUGAAAACCUAGGUACCUAAAUUCAGAAUCUCAACAACCACACUAUUUUGAAAAGCUGUUUCCUGGGUUUAUGAUUUUCCUUGACCCUAUCUAAUCUGAAAAAUUAUAAUAUGCCUAAGUGGUCCAUCUCAGUGCCCUUGUCAUGUGGAUGUAAAAAUACUAGCAGAGAGUUGCUGAAGUGAUAAAUUGACAUUUUCAUUGCCAGGACUUGUUUUUCUGUCCUGUCCAAAGGAGAGCAGCAGAGGGAGAGUGGAACAUUGGACAGAAUUGGCAGCUUGGGCAGGAUUUGUUAAAACAGAUUUAGCAAGCUUCAUGAAGGGAUGGAAGAAGGAGGAGAAAGAAUGUUACUGUGACACACUGUCAAAUGAUGGGAUAUCUCUGAAACCAUGUUAAUUUGAAGAAAGUUGCUGCCAGCAAGAAAAACUGCAAAAAAAAAAAAAAA